GAGUACAUGGUCGAAUCAGCUCCGAGAAGUGGUUGCACUGGCCACAUUUUGGCCGCAUUCGACAUGACGGGCGUCGUAGAAGGAAUCGAAGCGGUAUCUGGGUUGGCCGGCCUCUUCAACACGGCCAUAACCUGGUUCGACUACGUCCUCGUUGCCAAGCAGGCGGCUCCGCGACUGCAGUCGCUGUUGGUGAAACUCGACGCCGCGCAGCUGCGGCUGACGCGCUGGGGCAAGGCGGCCGGCCUUACAGGCUCGCAGAUUGAGGAUGAAGAGUCACUGAAGAGUUCAGGCUCGUUCCAGCUCGACGAAUCGGAAGAGCAGCUAGCGGUCGUGACGUUCCAGGCCGUGGCGGAUCUCUUUGAACAGUGCAAGAAACUUUGUCAUCACGAGCGCAAAGGCAAGAGCAAAGACGACCCCAGUGCCACAGAGAACGAGGUCAGCCCAUUUAGCACGGUUGGCCUGAACUGGAACCCUAUGCACCGCUACCUUCAUGGGAAAAUGAGAGACAUCGCCGACGGCCGCAAAAAUAAAGUCUCGGUCGCGCAGCGGGUCAAGUUCGCCAUCUACAAGAAAGAGCAUCUCGAGAAGUUCAUCAAAGAUAUUAACGAUCUUAUCGACGAACUAUAUAAAAUCCAUGAACCACCCGUGGAGGAGCAGGAGGAGCUCGGCAAGGAGGAACUAGCGAAGUUUCUUGAGGUCCUGAAGGAGUUGGAUGUCGCUUCCGACCGCGAUCCCGUCAUACGCUCUGCUGUGCGGAAUAUUCUCAAACAAGAGGCAAGUAGAACUUCAUUUAACCUUGCCGUUUGA